ACGGAGUAUUAGUUUUCUUAUUUCUCACCUAAUUUGAAGUUGGAAUUCAUCCAAACGGAGGUAGUAUAAAAUACUACUGCGUAAUUAAUAAAAAAUGCAAAAAUAAGACUAAUAGGAUUUGAAAAGACAAAACUGUGACCACUCUAAAAUCUAGACAAAAAAGAGCCUCAUUUUGAUUGAAUUCCCUAAUUUAACCUAGUGAUGUGUACUACAAUAAAACACUAAAACCCUAGCUCUCAACCGUCUCAACUCUGGAUAAAACCAUCUCUCCCAUCCAUCCGCUCAGCAUCGGUUUACCGCCACCGCAACCCAGCAUCGACUCGCUACUCCCGCCACCAUCUUCGACUCCCCGCCUCCGCUAGCACCCAACUUCACGUGGCCACCUCAGAUUCCACCGCCAUCUCGAGCGGUCGUGUUGGGGGAUACGAUGGGGGCAAUGGAGGGUCUUUGUGUGGUCUCGAACAUUGUGGUAUCGGAGGGGCAAGGGGCUUGGGUGACUCUGGGGAGGGGACUGGGUGUGGCAAGGGCUGGGGUGUAGCCACGAUCGAAGGUUGGCCUGGAGUGUAGUCAGGAUCGAAGGGGGGGGGGGGCUGGUACAAAAAAAUCAGAUAAAGUUUUACCCAUACAUGUUUAUACCAAAAAAAUCAAAUUUGAGGUGUGUUGGGACCCCAUUGCCCCCACCCCCUUACCUCUGCCCCUAGACUAGGGUGAAUCGGGUGAGGGGCUGGUUGAGGCAGGGGGCUGGCUGUGGUGUUGGCGAUGGCGGUCGCUGGUGGUGGGCGGAGGUGGGGGUCGCUGGAGGUGGUGGUCAUCGGAGGUGGUGGUCGGCGAUAAUCAUUAUCAUAUUAGAGUAACUAUAAAUCGUCAAACUUGGGGAAAGUAAUUGGUCGAGUUGGGCGAAUAUAACUGGUCAAAUGGCCUGUAACCAACGGAUUGAGUAAUUGUAAUUGUUCGGUCGGGUACUUAUAAGUGAUGGAUCGAAUAACUCUAACUGACCGGUCAGGUAAUUGGCGGAUCAGAUAACUCUAACUGGCGAGUUAGAAUACAUGGGCGUCCACCGUCGCAACACAUCAUCGCCACCACCGUACCUCACUGAUUCCGAUACAUCUCGUUGGCGCCCCUGUUGCCUCCGUCGUACCUCGACCAUGCCGCCUCCGUCGUACCUCACCCCUGUUGCGUCCGCACCUCAUCGUCGCCGUUGUACCUCUCCGCCAUUGCCGCCGCAGAACGGUGCUAUUGCUGUCGGAGCCUCUGAUUUUUCUACCCCAAAACUCAAACCUAACUUUCAAAAAUUCCAUUUGAAUCUGAAAAUUAAUAAAAAAAAAUACAGAAAUUCAAGUGAAAAAGAAGAAAAGGAGAAGGAUGAGAAGGUGGGGGGAAGAAGAUGAAGAAAAGAAAGGAGAUAUUUACCGAAGAAGAUCGGUACAUUUGGAUUUGGACGACGUUGCCGGAGUCACGCCGCUGCCAGUGACACGGCUCUGCCGUCGAAGUCUCGUUGCUGCCUCCGAAGUCAUGCUGUCACAGCUGGAGUAGGAUAUCUGUUUUUUGUUUCUCGGUGUUCUCGGUUGGAGGUGCGGAAGAGAUUUAAUGAAGAGAUGCGAGAGCAAAGAUCGAGAAAGUGUUGUUUGAUGCGCAUGGGUUUUAAAAGGAAGGACAAAAUGAAGGCAGUUUGGUUAAAGCUCCUGUACUUAGUAAACAAGCUACAUUGUUAUGACCUAUGAAGAACAAUUUGAUAGGAUUUGCCAGAAGACUCUUAGUGGCAGUACGCCCUUCCCCUCUGGCGCCAUACCACCAUGGCCUCCGCCUUUAUUGCACUCCCGCAGCAACCGCCGCCGCCUCUUCCUCUCCUACAAACGACAAACUCUUUGUUGCCGGUUUAUCUUGGUCCGUGGACGAGAAGACAUUAACAGACGCCUUUUCUGAUUUCGGCCAGGUGACGGAAGUGAGGAUAAUGUAUGAUAAAGAUACUGGCAGAUCAAGAGGUUUUGGGUUUGUGUAUUUCUCUAAAGAAGAGGAGGCCAAAAAUGCUAAAGAUGCCAUGGAUGGGAGGGCUUUUCUUGGUCGUCCAUUGAGGAUUAGCUUUGCGCUUGAAAAGGUUCGCGGUGCUCCUGUUGUUGUCCCUCGGCUUAGAAGCAAUGUAAAUGGUGUUCGGAGGGAUCAUUGAGAUUUUACCACUGGUCUAGCUAAUCCAAGAUUCCAAGUUUGGUAAAAGAACUGAAAAAUUACAAAUUUUGAAUAUACUUCUACUCUUGUGGCAAACUGCGGAUUUAAAUUUUUGGGUUUUUUAAGUCAAUUUGUAGCUGUUAAAACGCCUUUGGUUGGAAACUGCUGUGGUAAAAUGACAGGUUUUAAGCAGUAGUUUUCCUACAUUCCAAGGUUAGUCAAAUAAUGAUGAAAUCCUAAUAUUAUUACUUUUUGGUCUUUCACUAAUUCACUCUUUUGCUUAUUCACCGAAUAGUUUAUAUUCUGUGGCAUUAGAUCAUUCAAGAGCUUACACAUUUUGAUACUGUUGAGCAUUUUUGAGAAAUGGAAGCAAACAAAAGCAACAUUCAGAAGCACGACCACAGAUCGAUUUCCAGUAGUGAUUCAUUAUUAGAACAUGAAGAAAGCUCGCCAUUUGUAACCGUUUUUCCAACCAUGUCAGCUAAAAACUAACUUCUUCAGUCUAUUUUUACUAUUACACAUAUUAGAGUGUGAAAUCGAAAGAUUAGUAAAAAAGUUGAUUGAUAAGCAAGUAAGCAAAAAAGGUUACGAUGAAGCUGUAGUGCCGCAUUGUCAACACCUUCAACUAUACCCUAGCUGCCGCAACCCCUAUAGCCCUAGACAUUGAUACCCCCACCGUGUAACCCUACUUGUCGCCCACAUACUCUGUAACCCUAGCCACCCCCCCCCCCCCCACUACCACCCUAUAACUCUAGCUAUGCACCCCACUCUAUAACUCUAGUCGCUGCUGCACGCGGAAGGCUUACUCGUCGCAUCCUUACUGACAAAUAGAAGCGUCAAAGUGGAGGGAGUAUGUUGUCAUCGUCGAUCUUGUAUGGUUUACAAAAAACUAUUGUUCUCCCCCUGAUCUAAAUUCUUUGUUGCUAAUGGAGCAUCCAUUAUUGUCGGUUGAGAAGACAACCACACCAUCCAAGUGUAUCCAUCAAAAAGGGGAGCAAUGUCAAUGUUGAAGCCGUUGUCCAAGUGUUUGCUUUGAAGAAGAGAGUCAUCAUCGUAAUUGCCUGGUCGAUGAAUAAAGCACUGGACGUCCAUUGUUGAUUGGAGAAGAAAGGAGCGUACUAAGGUUGGAAGUUGGAACACAGCCAGUGAAGUGGUGUUUUAUUUGAAGCCAUUUGAGACAUUUCAAAUAUUUUUAAUCAUUUAUUUAUUUGGA